CAAACGAGUAUGUAAAAAGCACGCUGCGAGGACAGUUGCGACAGGCGACAGAUACCCAGAGCGUGGUAUGACAGAGAGGGGACACAGGUGUGCGGAUGAUGCCUGAGGUUUCCUCCCGUUUUUAACCGGCAGUGGUGUAAUACUCUUUUCCCGUAUGUGUAAACACUGAUGAGCACAUUACGCACGUGCGGACCUCCGAUACAGCUGCUGUAAGGAAGGGGAUGCACAUUGGACUUUGAUCAAACUUGGCUGGCUGAGGGAUGUGCAGAAGUAUAAAGUAGGUGUGUGUGUUGGUGUGCAUGCAUGGGCGUGCAUGCUGUGACUCACUCCUGUGGAAGCAUACCUGAGGUGGUGUAGAGGGCCCUGUACGGUUCAAGGCUGGACCACUACGUCUUCUAAAGGUCUUCCCGAUGUGGCAGAUGUGGAAUUAGAGCACUAUGUUGGAGCCCUCAGAGCCCAGCCAGGAGGUUGCAGAGUGGCUGUCCACCCUCCGCCUGUCCCAGUAUACCUCAUGUUUCAGAAAGGGAGGAUACCAAGCUCUGAAAGACUGCAAGCACCUCACAGAUGAGCGUCUCCUGGAGCUUAAAGUGCUCCCAACAGGCCAUCGGAGGCGCAUCCUCCGCAGUUUGGAAGCUAUAGGGGUGAAGCCUCAGAGUGGUGGAGAGGAUGAAGAAGAAGAAGAGGGAGGAGUAAAGAACAGGAGACGCCAGAAGAAGCCGGUGCCCCACCCGAGACAUAUCUUCUUAAAGGACAGAAAGAGGGGGACUUCAUGUCAGCACCAUCAGCCAAAGGAGAGGACGGAGCAUGGCUCAGAGGGGAGUCACACUUUGCCUCCAGGGGCAAGACUGGGAACAGAAACUGAGGACAGAUAUAUCCGGCCGCCCCAACCGGCCCCACGCGAUCCCCAGAACAUCCGUACGAGCAUGUCUGCACCUACCUGCAUCCCUCCAUCUGUGACCUCCAGCAGCAGCAGUGAGUCCCUCUGCAUUUCAGAAAUGCCUUCAGACUGGGAGAUUUCCUCAGAGGACCCGUCACUGUCCAGCACCGACUCUUUCCCCUGUUCUGCUGAAAUACCCCACCCAACGGUGACUGAGGAACAUGGGGGUCUUCAAUGUGAAAUGGUGGAAAACUCCAUCUAUGAGGCACAGCCCUGUUUUAAGGCUUCUGCAGGUCCACGUCUCACUCGCUCCUACAGGCUGAGGCACCGGCCCGUUCCUGAGAUCCCGACUCAGAUCUUACCGCCAUUGCUGGACAGGAGCACACUGCCAAUGCAAGCAACCAGCCCUGAACACCUAACUGGCUGCGAAGGUCCCACCGGUGCAAACGGCAUACAGAAAGCUUCACUUCAAAGAACCUUGAUGCCUAUUGCUCCCUACGGAGAAACGUUCCUGUACAACAACCCUGAAAGCGCUCCGGACCAAGGUGCUAAAGAAGGGCAACAGAAAGGAUUUAAGGACAAGAUAAAGCAGAAGAAACAGAGAAAAAAGACACCUAAACAGAGAGAGUCAAAGGAAGAAGAUUCUCCACCAGCUCCUCCAGCUAUCCCAGACCCCUACAAAGAUGAGUAUUCGACAGUGGAUGAGUGUGCCAGCAUUUUACCGCGAGCCAUUUUGGACCAAAGUUUUGCCGCGACCCCUGAAACCCUCGCUGUCGGCCCAGCUGCCUCCGGCCCCACGGAUGGAUCCAUGAUCAUGGUGGAGUGUGACCUCUACUCGGAGCCCGCAGAAGCUCUGGGCAGCGUGAGCAGAAAUGCUUUGCCUGACAUUUCCCCUUAUGCGUGCUUCUACGGAGCCCCCAAACACCAAGUGCUCAAAGUAGGCUGGCUGGACAAACUGUCGCCUCAGGGAAAGUGUGUUUUUCAACGGAGGUGGGUGCGUUUCGACGGCGAGAGUCUGGCCUACUACAACAAUGACAAGGAGAUGUACUCCAAAGGUAUGAUCCUGGCCAGUGCUAUCAGACAGGUGCGAGGACUGGGUGACAACAAGUUUGAGGUAGUCACCUCCCUUCGGACUUUCAUAUUCCGGGCAGAGAGAGAAGGGGAGCGCCAGGAGUGGAUGGAAACUCUUCAGACGGCCAUGCGCCCCCCCGCCUGCGGCUCCCAGAAGCCCUCCGACAGCCUCUCUUACCCCUCCUCCACAAACAAGCGAGGCUUGCUGGAGCUCCGCGGUUACAAAGGCAGAGUGCUGGUGUCCCUGGCGGGGAGUAAAGUCAGGCUCUGCAAAACAGAACAGGACUAUAAAGCGGGACUGGCUAUUGCUGAAGUGGAACUGACUGCUGCCAAUAUUAGAGACAUGGACCGCAGGGGCUUUGAAAUCAACACACCAUUCAAGAACUUCUGCUUCACGGCCGAGUCAGAACGGGAGAAGGAGAAGUGGAUUGAAGCGGUCCAAGAAUCGAUCGCAGAGACACUCUCCGACUAUGAAGUGGCAGAGAAGAUCUGGUUCAACGAGGCCAACAGGAGCUGUGCCGACUGUCACGCCCCGCGGCCGGAGUGGGCCUCCGUCAAUCUGGGUGUGGUCAUCUGUAAGAAAUGUGCAGGACAGCACCGCUCCCUCGGCCCAAGUAUUUCCAAGGUGCGGAGCUUGAAGUUGGACAGCAGCAUCUGGAGCAACGAGCUAGUGGAGCUCUUCUUGGAGGUGGGGAACAAGAAUGCUAACAGUUUCUGGGCGGCUAAUCUUCCCUUGGAGGAGGACCUGCACAGUGGGGCGUCGGCAGAGCAGCGUGCCACAUUCAUCCGCAGGAAGUACAGGGAGAGGAAGUACCGCAGGGUCCUGGAGGGCUUUCAUGACCUGGAGCAGCUCAACCAGGGGCUGUGCGCAGCUGCGGUGUCGCCUGAUGUGCUGCAGACCAUGGCGCUGGUCUUCAGCGGGGCAGAUGUUAUGUGUGCCACUGGAGAUCCAACCUACUCCACCCCCUAUCUCUUGGCUCAACGUGCUGGACAGAAGCUACAGAUGGAGUUCCUGCAUCAGAAUAAACUAUCUGAUUUCCCCCGACUCGAGCAGUGGUCGGAGAACCCCUCCCUGUCUGAUGCUUCCCUCUUCAUGGAUGGCUUCCUCUACAUCUCCUCUGGCCCCGCCAAGUCGACAUUGGACCGCCGCGGAAGAGAUGACAUGGUACGUCGGUGGUGUACCUUGGAGGGCGGCUUCCUGAGUUACUAUGAGAGCGAGCGAAGUCCAUCGGCCAUCGGCAGGGUGGAUGUUGCCAUGGUGGUUAGCCUGGCUGUCAGCAACACAGAGACAAUGACUGGAGCUGGGGCUGUGUUUACUGUAGAGCUGUACCUGCAGACAGAGCGAGUGCUGAUUGUCGGAGCUGAAACACAGGAAACGCAGCAUGACUGGAUCCAGGCACUAACAAAGUGUUUCGUCCCGUCUAAAGUCGAGGGACUGGUGCAGAAAGACAGCGAGCUGAUUGGCAGACUCCACUACAAAGAGGGCCAUGACCUGUACCACUGGAGGAUGGGCUGGUUUAUGCUGGAAGGCUCUGCCCUGCACUUCAGCUCGGGAGAAGAGGAGGGAGAGGAGGAAGUCCUUCAACUUAAACAGCUACAGGAGCUCACUGUCUCCACGCAUACCGAGGGUGAGGACAAGAUCCAGGUCCUGCUGAUGGUGGAGGGUGGAAGAACAGUUUACAUCCAUGGCUUCACCAAGACUGACUUCACACUGUGGCACUCCGCCAUCACUCUGGCUGCCGGCACAGAUGGCAAGGCCCUAAGUGACCAACAGCUGACUAAAAAUGGAGUCCCCAUUAUAGUCGACAGUUGCAUUGCUUUUGUCACUCAGUAUGGUUUGUGCCAGGAGGGGGUCUACCAGAGGCCUGGGGACCCUGGUCGAGUCUCCCUGCUUCUUCAGGAUUUCACCCACAACGCCCGCAACGUGAAGCUAAGGGAGAAGGAGCACCAGCUGGAGGACGUGACGGACACCCUGAAGAGCUUCUUAUCCCAAGCAGAGGACGCGCUGCUGACCAAGGAACUCUAUCCGUACUGGGUGUCGGCUCUAGAUGAGAAGGACGAGAGGCAGCGAGUGAAGAAGUACUCCACUUUCAUCGAGAGUUUGCCAAAGAUUAACAGGUCUACCCUCGAAGCUCUGCUGCAACAUCUGUACAGGAUUCAGCAGUGCUCCCACCUCAACCACAUGCCGAGCGAAAAACUGGCCUCGGUCUUCUCCUCCUGCUUGUUCCAGACCCGCGGACAAACCCCACAGGAAAUUAACGUGGUCCACGACCUCAUCAACAACUACAUUACACUCUUCAGUGUCAAUGAAGACCAGGUGCAACAGAUGGAGAGAGAGAAUAGUUUCAUCACACGCUGGAACGAAAAGAAGGACACCACAUUCUCUCCAGCUGGGGACUUGAUCUUCGAGGUGUAUCUGGAAAAGAGACAGCCGGAGAACUGCUGUUUAAUCAAGGUCUCUCCCAGCAUGAGGUCGACGGAGCUCGCAGAAACUGCGCUGAGCAUGAGGAACGUCGCCUUUAACGCCGAUGACUUCUGGACCACCUUUGAAGUCAUUGAGAACGGAGAGCUGGAACGACCAUUACACCACAGUGAGAAGAUUCUUGAGCAGGUGUUGGAGUGGAGUACCUUGGACUGCCCUAGCUCUGCUUUUCUUGUUAUAAAGAAAUUUGCAGGGGCCAAAAGAGCACAUGGGGGAGCACACCACAGGCAGUUUAUAAAAGGUGACUAUCUGAAAUUCAGCGAUGGAUCCUCCAAACUGCUGUCGGGGCACAAAUUCCAGGACAAAUAUGUUGUACUACGUGCAGAGAAGCUGCUGCUCUACAGAGAUAUCAAAAGCACUAAAGCAGAGAAAGCGAUCCAGCUCAAGUCUGUGAAAUGUUACCUAGGCCUGAAGAGAAAGCUCAAACCUCCAACCAGUUGGGGCUUCACAGUCUACGCUGAUAAACAACAGUGGCAUUUGUGCUGUGAAAAGAAGGAGGCGCAGGUCAGCUGGGUGACGGACAUAAUCAGGAUGAAGUACGGUUCUGACCUCUGUUCAAACACCGAUAACUUAAAAGAAGCUGCAGAUCACAAAUCCUCCAGAAGGGGAGCUGUGACUGAGGUCCCCAAGAUUCCACCACACAACCAUAAUUCCAGCAAACAGCUGACCAACAAGAGGGCUUCUCUUGGUGGUGGCAACCAGGGGACCAACAUGGAUGUUGGCGUCCCUAAGACCAACACCAUAGGCAGCUUCCCAAAGAACAACAACCUGCUCAGGGCCCCAGAGGUCCCAUUCAGAAGACCUUCUCUGGAUGUUAGCCAACCUCCACGGCUCCCUUGCCCGUCCCCGUCCAGACACUCACAGCCCAUGCCUUUGCCUGUUCCUCCCAAGAGUGGCUGCAAAACCACCAACAAGAAACCUGCCCUGGGCAGCGAGGGUAUGAUGCCACCUAAUCUGCUGAAUGAACUGAACUUGGUGCUGAGCAAGACUGGUCGCAGUGCCAAGAAAAAUGACUGGCAGGAAGAGAAGUAAGCAGGAGAAAGAAAGGUAUUCAGAGCGGUCAACUGGAGCGGUAAGCGAAACAUCACAGGGUUGAGUGAUGAGAAGUGUGGAGGCUGACAAUGAAAGACCACACAAUGCAGAUGAAGACUAAGUAAGUUGCUUUCAUGAGGGGGAAUCACAGCCUGAAGACUGCUUUUGAACUUGGAUAUAUAAAGCAAUGCCGAUGCACAAGGGGAUGUGGAAAACAGGUGCAGGAGACACUGGAGGUCAUGCAGACCUCAGCUGGACAUGGCGCUGACCCAAGCACUACAAAAUGAUUUAUAUACCGCUCUUCUAAAGUCCGAGAAUGUUACAAAAAUAUUUCCAGCUGUCAAACCCCAGAAAUUUCCAGAAAUACUCCAAACUGCUUGCUUCAUGCUUUUAUGUUUCCAGUUACUUUGAAAAGGCUGUUAUGUCCACAUCUGAAAGUACUGUGGUUAUUUCAAUCUUCAGUGUAACAUUUAGCUGUUUCCUUGGUAGCACUUUUACUACAAAAGCUGUUCAAUUUUGCACACAUUGAGUAGCAGUCUGGGUGGCACAGUGGUGCAGUGGGUAGCACUGUCAUCCCACAGCAAAAAGGUUCUGGAUUCGAGCCUCAGUUCGCCCAGGGCUUCUCCCUCUUCUCUCCAGGUACUCCGGCUUCCUCCCACAGUCCAAAGACAUGUACAUUAGGUUACUUGGUGGCUCUAAAUUUCCCGUGGGUGUGAAUGUGAGUGUGAAUGGUUGUUUGUCUAAAUGUGUUGGCCCUGCGAUGGACUGGCGAGCUGUCCAGUGUGUACCCCUCCUCUUGCACAAUGUCAGCUGGGAUAUGCUCCAGCCCCCCUCCUUCCACUACAACCCUUAACGGAUAAGCGGAGGGAUAAUGAAUGAAUGAAUAGCUAUCCCCCUUACGUUAUUAAUUGUCAGUGAUGGGGUCCGCCAUUUACACAAAGAAUUAAAAUAGUCAUAUGCAAGAAUGCAAAGAAAAUUAUGCAUAUGUGCAUACCCAAUACAAAAAAGAGAGGAGCAAGUUUAGGGCCCACUAACCAAAGUGGUUAAUAUAUAUGUUCAUAGACAUGAGAUAGUGGGCAGUCUCAUGUGUAAGUAUUUAUUUGUAAUUAUUUGUUAAUUUUUUUGUAGCAGUUAUCAUUGUGACCUUAAUCUGUAUGGCCACUAACAGUGUUUUUUUUAGCAUAUCACCCUGUGGCACACCAUCUUAGACAUUGCACUGGCUGCCACCAAAUUUAAUUUUAAUGAACAGUAUGAAUAUAUUAAUAAAGAUUGCAAAAUGCUUUAACAUGCUGUCUUACUUAACAGGUAAAUCUUUAAUGAUACAUUAAUUCUGUUUGCCUAACAUUUUAGUGCAUGUUGUACCUUCAUGUUUAGUUCAGUCACAAUAAUAAAACUAUUUAUGCUAAACAUUAGCCAGUAUCCAAAUUUAGCUAGUUCCUCUGUUUGGUAGGCUUUUUUGCAUACUAUUGGUAAAAGUACACCCCACAAUAUAAGCAGGAGUAAGUGAUAAUUUCCCGAAGACUCACAGUGUUGAGAUUUCUACUUAAUGUCCCUUUUUAAAGAAAUGUUUUUGUUGGUUGAUCAGCAUUGUUGCUGUCAUCAGACACUGAAGACAGUGAAGCAACAAAAUAUCCUUACCAGAAAUACAUAAAAAUUAACAAGGGAAAAAACAUUUUCUUUUUGAUUGAAAAUUUUAAAUGUACAUUAUUUAACAGACUUGAAAUGACUGCAGGUUACCACAGGUGUCACCAUAUCCACUAAAAUGGAUGAUAUUUAGGAUUAUUACUGAAAGAAAGUGUUCAUCAACAAUAUAGUUUGUCUGCCACCUCACACCCCUUUGAAAUGUAAUUAAGUAUACACUGUGUUUAACUAUAUAUGUAAUAUUUCAUGAAAAACCUUAAAUUUAAAGGCAUGUUUGGGCUCUGUCAGUACUUAAUUGAAGGCUUUCACUUAAAAAUCAUUGAUGAAUUGAGAAGAAACUUACUGGUGCAUCCAAUGUGUAGUGCAAAUUAAAAAUGUUCUAUCUUUGCCAAACAUUCUGAAAAUAUGCUAAAAAUUACCUUUCUUGUGCCUUCACAGGAAAAUGCAGAGGGUGGGAAGAUGGUAGAGGUGUCAGUGUGGGAGUGUGUAACAGAAAGAUAGAUACACACAGAAAAUUGAUUUUCUGGGGAAAUUGUAAGUUUUAUACUUUUUAUAGCAAUGAAACUACAACUACACACUGGAUGCAUCAGAUAAUUACAGUUUGUGAAAA